AUGGACCGUGCCUUCCAGGGCGUCCCUGCCCUGCCAAGCCCCGGUGUCGAUCCAUCCCCCAAUGGCCCCCCUGGCCUAGAGGAUGAUGACAACAUCAAGGUGAUCGUGCGAAUCCGGCCACUCAAUGACAAUGAGCGCCUGGGCACCGGGGCCGGGCCGCUGACACACUGUGUCGAGGCUGAUCCCACUCGGCGCACGGUGUCCCUCUUGUCGACCGCCGCCGGGGCCGGGAGCCUGGCUCUGCUGCAGGGGGCCCAUACACAAAGCGAGUCCUUCACCUUCGAUGUGGUGCACGAUCAGAACGCCGGCCAGCAGGAGGUUUUCAACUCCAUCAGUCACUCGGUGCUCACCUGCUUGCAGGGCUACAACACCACCAUCUUUGCGUAUGGACAGACGGGAGCCGGCAAAACGUACACCAUGUUCGGGCCAUCGGCCAUGCCCUCGACGCCCGGCUUGAACCCCGAGGACGAAGUCGGCCCGGCGGAUCCCCCCGGCCAGCCUCCUGUCGCCUGGGCUCUCCCCAUUCCCGAGGAGCAGGGGCUCAUCCCGCGUGCGCUGGAGCUCCUUUUUUCGCAGAUGGCCGCGGCUACAACUGCCGGUGUGCCGGUCGGCAGUGAUCCGACCACUGCCGGCACUCUGACCAUCCAGUACUCGGUCAAGUGUUCCUACAUCGAGCUCUACAAUGAGAUUGCCUUCGAUCUGCUGAACGCCGACUCGCCCAGCUGCGCCAUCCGUGAGGACACCAAGCGAGGGGUGUACAUCGACGGGGCCACCGAGAUGCCGGUCACCUCGGCACAGGAGGCUUGUGAGCUGCUGGCACGCGGGAAUCUCAACCGCCACGUCGCCUCGACCGGGAUGAAUCGCGAGAGUUCCCGCUCGCACGCGGUCUUCACUCUCUACAUUCGGUCGGAGUCGCGCGACACCAUCGUCGGCCUGACCCAGGUGUCUGAGUCACGCUUCAAUCUGGUCGAUUUGGCCGGAUCCGAGCGGCAAAAGGACACCGGCGCCUCGGGUGUCCGUCUCAAGGAAGCCAGUCAAAUCAAUAAGUCCCUGUCGACGCUUGGCAGUGUCAUCCAGGCCCUGGUGGACGUGAGCCAGGGCCGGCCACGGCAUGUGCACUAUCGCGAUUCCAAGCUCACCUUCCUGCUGCGAGAUUCGCUUGGUGGCAAUGCGCGCACCUUCCUGGUGGCCAACCUCUCGCCGGCACUCUCCUGCGCCUCGGAGACAGCGUCCACCCUGCGUUUCGCCAGCCGGGCCAAGAUGAUUCGCAAUCGUGCCACCGUCAACACAGGCACCUUCGGCCUGGACACAUUGGCCAUCGACCGGCUUCGAACGGAGAACACCAGCCUGCGCGCACAGCUUGACGCCGUGCUGGCCGCGGCGGCCGUGGUGCCGGUCGCCAAUCCGGAAGUCGUGACCGAGGCGCCGGACUCGACAAUGCUCCUGGGCGAGCAUCUGACCCUGGUUGCCAUGCAGGCGGCGCAUUCUCUGGCCGACCAGUACCUGGAUCACUUCACCGGGCUCAUUGCCGAUGCGCCGGCAUUGGCUCUCUUGCUGGACCAUCUCCGCCACCGUGAGGCGCGAGUCCGUGGCUUGGCCGAGGAGUUGCAGCUCUCCCGGGACCUGGAGCAACGUCGCGCCACCAAGUCUCAGUCUGACAAGAUGAUCUUGGCAUUUCGUGAUCGCACCAUCAGCCUCCUCGGGGCGGAGCUCAGCCCGGAGUCGCGCGCCGAGCUGCUGGAUCUCCGGUCGCGGGAGAUCGCCGUUCUUCAGGGGCAAAUUGACAAUCACCCGGAGCUGGCCAAGAUGGCCCUCGCCCAGCGGCACCUGUCCAACGUCGCGCGCGAUCUGGAAUUCGAGCUCAACCGCUAUCGAAAGAGCUCGCCCCCAAGCGAGGAUGCCCCGGCAUCCGCCUCGGUGGCCAAUGCCGAAACCCUGGAAAAGGCACAUGGCCUGCUGCUGCGACAUGAGGCUUAUGAGCGCGAGAUUGAGGCGCGUCUGGUGGGCUUGACGGCCGCCCUGCGGGAGAAGUAUGACCAGGAGUCGCUCCGGCGAAAGAAUGCCGAGCUAAAGAGCGCCCUGGAGCAGACCAAAACCAAGUACAUCCAGCUGAAUGCCUCUUGGGGGGAACUGUCAGCCGGGUACAAGACCCUCCUCGGGCGUUUCAGCGACCUGGAGGGUCAGCUGGCCGACCAGCAGGCCAAAAGCACGGCGCUGGAGGAACGCCUUGCCACCGUCCAGGCCGCCGAACGCCAAUCGGCCGAGCUGCUACAGACCGUCACCGGGGCUCUGUCGGAUUUCGGCCCGAAGUACCUUUCGACGUUGCGUACCCGACAGGAGAGCCUGGUCCAGGCGCGUGCCGAAGAAAUGAAGGCCGCCUCCGGCGAGCAGGCUCCCCCGGCAGAUGCCUCCGGCUCGUCAAGCGUGCAGUACGAUGACGCGCGGUUCCGCCGGCUGGCCGACGCCUUCCGCUCGGCGACCGAUGUGCGCCAGUCGAUCCACGCCCUGCGCAAGGUGUCGCAGAUGGACAACGAUCUCAGCCGGCAGGUGCUGGCGCAAAUCCACCGGCAGGCAGCCCGCAUCGUGCAACAGGCGGCCGAGCAGCGUGACACGCAGGAGGCCCUGGAGCAGGCGGUCUCCUCGGCCGAACAGACGGCCUCCGAGCGGGAUGCCCUUUCGGGGGAUCUUGCCCGUUUGCAUGAUCAACUGCUGCAGGCCCAGGCCGAGCAUUCAGACCAACUGAUCGGCAUGGUGGCCGAGCAGGAGGCCGCCAUGGCUGCCUUGCGCACGUCGCACACCGCGGCCCUGGCCGACCAGCGCGCCGCACACCAAACCCAAGCCCAGGCCAUGCAGGCCGAGCAUGCUGCCCUGUUGGAGGCCAAGGGCCAGCAGCACACCCAGGCUGUUGACCGCAUCACCACCAGCCACAUGGAGCGGAUCGCGGCGUUGGAGGCCGCCCAUGCCCAAGCCCUUGCCACGCUGGAAGGUGCCCACACCGAGGCGCUGACAUCACUGCGGAGCAGUCUCCAGGCCGAGUUUGAUGCCCGGCAGGAGGAUUUGCGCAGGGGGCAUUCCGCCACCCUGGCCCAACUGGAGGCCACGCAUGCGGCGGCCCUGGCCAGCCUGGAGACCGAGCAUACCGCUGCUCUGGAUGCCCUGCGCAGCACCCUCACCACCGAGCAUGGUGCUGCCAUUAGUGGGCUGGAGCGCGAGCAUGCCGGGGCCCUGUCGGCCCUGCACAAUAGCCUGCAGGUUGAGUAUAUCGCCGCGCUGAACACGCUGACCAAUAAGCACUCUGAGGCCGUGGCGUCUCUGCAUGCGUCUCUGGCUGCUGAGCACACUGCGACAGUGGCCAGCCUCCGUACCGCCUUCCAGGAUGAGCAUGCUGCACAUCGAGCUGCCCUCGUGGCUGAGCACGAUGCGGCCACUGCCUCUCUCGAGGCCCAGCAGGCGGAAGCUCGUUCGGCCUUGCGCGACACCCUCACCGCCGAGCAUGAUGCGGCCAUGGACACACUGACGGCCACCCACACCCAGGCGCUGGCCGCCUUGCGUGCCAGCCUGGAAGCCGAGCGCCAAUCCUCGCUCGAAGCCCUGGCUGCUACCCAUGCUGCCGAGGUGGCCACUGUCCAGAGUGCCCUGGAGGCCAGGCACAAGGAUGCCCUUGGGGAGCUUGAGGCCUCGCAUGCUGAGGCCACGGCCCUCCUGCGCAGUGCCCUGGAGGAUGAGCAUGCGGUGGCCUUGGCCGAGGCUCUCCAAGAGCGGCAGGCUGCCCUGCGCGCCCAGCAGGACACUCUCGAGGCUGCCCAUGCCCAGGCCCUGGCCGCUCUCGAGGCUGCCCAUGCCGAGGCCCUGGCCGCCAUGCGACAUGCCAUGGACGCCGAACGGCGCGCGGCCUUGAGUGAGCAGAGUACCUCGCAUGCGGCCGCCCACGACCGGCUGGAGGCCGCGCAUGCCGACGCCCUGAGCACCUUGCGCCAUGCGCUGGAGAGCGAGCGCGCCACCGCCCUGGCCGACCUGGAGGCCAUUCAUGUGGACGCGCUGGCCAGCCUGCGCCAGUCGCUUGAGGCUCAGCAGCAGAAUGCCCUGAUCGACCUGGCUUCCAGCCAUGCCGAGGCCCUUUCCCUGCUGGAAAGCACCCUGCAUGCCGAGCACACCGAGGCCCUGCUGUCUCUGCAGUCCAGUCUGGAGGCCGAGCGAGAUGAUGCGCUGGUUGUGCUCCAGACGGCCCUCGAUGCCCAGCACCGUGCCGACAUGGCCGAGCUGGAGACCAAGCAUGCUGACGCCAUGGCGGCCCUGCGCGAGGCCCUGGGCGCCGAGCAUGCCCUUGCCUUGGCCGCCCUUGAGACCGAGCAUGCCGCCAGUGUGGCUCACAUGCGUGCUACCCUGGGGGCCGAGCACGACGAGGCCCUGUCCUCGCUCCAAAGUGCCCUGGAGACCACGCACGCCGGUGCCCUGGCGGCCCUGCGGGAGUCCCUUGAGGCCGAGCAUCGGGAUGCCCUUUCGGGCCUGGAGGCCUCGCACGCCGAGGCCCUCGCAUCGCUCGAGGCCACGCUGGAUGCCGACCACCAGGCAUCUGCCCAGGCUCUGGCCGCCACCCAUGCCGAGGAGCUGGCCGACCUGCGGGCAAACCUCGAGGCCGAUCGUGACAGCUCGCUGGCCGCCCUGCAAGCCACCUUCGACGAGGCGCAUGCCGAGGAGCUGGCCACCAUGCAAGCCGGGCAUCUGGAGCAAUUGGCCGCCCUGCAGGCCAGCCUGGCCGCCGAGCACCAGGAAGCCCUUGCCAAGCUCGAGGCCUCCCAUGGGCAGGCGCUGGAUGCCCUUCGGGCGGCCUUCGAGGCCGAGCGCGCCACGGCCACCACCAGCCUGAAGACCAACCAAGAGGAGGCCCUGGCCUCCCUGCGGGCCAGCCUGACCGCCGAGCAUGAGGCCGCUCUUUCGCAACUCCGUGCCUCGCACGUCGAAGAGUGGGUCUCCUUCCGGCAGGCCCUGACGCUGGAGCACGAUGCCACGGUGGCCGCCCUGAAGCGGGAGCAAAAUGCCGCGCUGCUGGCCCUGGACCAGGCGUCCUGCGUGGCCCUGGUGAGCGGGGUUGUCGGGGCCGUCCGGCGGACCCGGGCAGGCUCGGCCCGGCGGCACACCGCGGCCCUGGGCCAGGCGCUGGCCCGGGCUCACAACCAACGGGCCACGGAUCUCCGUGCCCUGGGCUCUCACGCGGAGACGGCCCUCGGCGGGUUGGCUGCCAUGGUCGGCUCGUCGCUGGCUGCUCUGGGCCGAAGGCUGCUCGGGCACCUUGGCCGGCUGGAGGCCCGGACUGGCCGGGUGGAGGAGCUGCUGGCCGGGCUGAUGGAUCGGGAGGUCCGCCUGCGCGAGGAGGUGGCCCGGCUGCGUGGCAGUCGGACCAAGCUCCUGGCGGCCGGGCGCCGAGCGGCCAACGACCUUGCCAUGCACCUGGAUGUGGUGGGCGCGUUGCAGCUGAAGGCCGCGGCGGCGAUGGCCGAGCGACAGCAGCAGCGUCUUGCCCGGCGCCAGGCGGCCCUGCGCCAAGCGCGCGCCGAAUCGCAAGAGCUCACGCGCCUGGUGGGGUCUCUGCGCCAGGAGGCGCUGGAUCUCUCGUGCCACUCGAAUCCCAACCAGAAAAUCCAGCGUUUUGCCGAGGUCCGCCGGCGAUCGGACGAGCAGGCCGCCGAGAUCAAGCACCUGCAGCUGGAAUUGGCCGAGCUCCGGCUCUUCCGGCAGCAGCAUGACUGGUGUGGCACGUCGGCGGCGGCCGGCCCCGGGGGCCUGCAGCGCCUGUCGGGCUCCCUGCCGGCAACCGGCCAGGGGCCCGAGUUGUCGGUCGAUGUCUCCAUCCUCAAGCGCCCUCGGUCGGGAUCUCUUUCCGACGGCUCGGAGCAUGGGGGUGCCCUCACCCCAACCCGGUCACGGGCUUUCUUCCCUGCCGCCAGCGAGGCCCCCGCUGCCGGUCCCAUCCUCAGCUCUGCUGAGUCUCAGAACGCGCCUCCGUCCCUGGUGCUGGCCGAGCGUGGGGCCAAUUCGGUGCCGGUGCCGGUGUCGGUGCCGGUGCCGGUGUCGGUGCCGGUGCCGGCUGGGCCGGCCGGCCCGGCCCCAAGCUCGCCGAACACCCCGACCCAGCGGCGAACCAUGCCAGCAAGUCUGUCGGCGCGCAAGCGCCCGGCCAUGGCCGCCGGCCUGGACGCCGUUGUCAGCAUGCCGCCGACCUUGAAGGCCCUGCAACCGGCGGCCGGCCGCGCCGGCGCCGGUCUGGCCUUUGUGGAUCUGACCGACUCGCUGGAUGAUCAUGUUCCCGAGCCAUUGGACGCCGGGGCGCCGCUGUGGCACUCACCACCACAGGGCCCCCCCCCGCAGCAGAACCCCACCGCUGUCCGGCACUUCACCACGUCCGAGCGGAUGUCGGCCUUUGGCCGGCACAGGCUCCGCGGAACGGGUACCAGUGCGCCAGCUCCGGUCGGGCGAUUGAGCUCCGGCGGGGGCGACGUCCCUGCCUAUGGUGCCCCCUCGACACAGCACUCUGCACCGGUAGCGGCGGCAGCGGCGGCGGCGGCGGCGGCAGCCGUGCCCCCGGCCGUGCCCCCGGCCGUGCCCCCGGCCGUGUCCCCGGCCGCCCCUGGUGGCCUAUCACGUCCUGCCCAGGCAGCGCCCCCUCCCGUGCCGUAUGUCGCGCCGCCGUCUGGGCAGCCCGUUCAUCGGCCCGGUGCCGCGGCAGCCAGCGUCCUUCAGAAUAUCCGGCGGCAUUUGCCCUCACGCGGCGGCGGCGCGCCCCCCGCCCAGCCGUUGCCCGUGCAGCCAACACCCUAUUCAUACCUCGGGGCAGAUCUCGCUCCGGCGGAGCGUGACCGGCCGCGACCGCCGACUGGCGGCUAUGAGCGGGGCUCCGGGCCUCCGCCAGCGCCAGCCACGCAGCCGGUGCCAGUUGCCGCGGCGCCCUCGACCGUGACCACCAGCCUCCCGGCCUCCGGCGGGGUUCGUCGGCCGCCACUUCCGAUGGCCCUGUCGACCGCGCGGCAUGGCAGCGUCGCCGGAGCGCCCCCGGGCCCCGGCUCCCAGCCACACCGGCCGCUGUUCAACCUUCGUCAGCCCCCCUCGCAGGCGCAGGCGCAGGCGCAGGCGCAGGCGCAGACGCAGACGCAGGCGCAGCCACAGCCCCAUUCACAUGCGCCCCCUCCGGCGACCCCACAUACCCCUCCGCGGCAGUCUGGCCCACCCAACGGCCAGUUCCGCUGGUAG